GCGGGGCGGGAGCGGAGCUAAAAUGGCGGCGUAGGCGUGGAGCUCCGCCCGGCUUCGCCAUGAAGCUCAUCAUCCAGGAGACGUACGAGCGGGCGAGCGAGUGGGCCGCCAAGUACAUCCGCAACCGCAUCGUCCACUUCGCUCCCGGCCCCGGCCGCUUCUUCACGUUGGGGCUGCCCACAGGCAGCACGCCGCUGGGCUGCUACAGAAAGCUGGUGGAGUACUACAAAAACGGGGACCUGUCCUUCAAGUACGUGAAAACCUUCAACAUGGACGAGUACGUAGGUCUCCCGAGGGACCAUCCGGAAAGUUACCACUCGUUCAUGUGGAACAACUUCUUCAAGCAUGUUGAUAUCUCGGCAGAAAACGUUCACAUUUUGGAUGGAAAUGCAGCUGAUCUACAGGCGGAGUGUGAUGCGUUCGAGGAUAAAAUCAGAGCAGCUGGAGGAAUUGAACUCUUUGUUGGAGGUAUUGGCCCUGAUGGUCACAUCGCCUUCAAUGAGCCUGGAUCAAGUUUGGUGUCUAGGACGCGAGUGAAGACCUUGGCUAUGGACACUAUACUGGCUAAUGCCAGGUUUUUUGAUGGUGACCUCUCCAAAGUCCCCACGAUGGCUUUGACAGUUGGAGUAGGCACUGUAAUGGAUGCCAGAGAGGUGAUGAUUCUCAUCACGGGAGCCCACAAGGCCUUUGCUUUGUACAAAGCCAUCGAGGAAGGUGUCAACCACAUGUGGACAGUGUCUGCCUUCCAGCAGCACCCCCAGACCGUGUUUGUGUGUGACGAGGAUGCUACGCUGGAACUGAAAGUUAAGACAGUGAAGUACUUUAAAGGUUUAAUGCUGGUUCAUAACAAGCUUGUGGAACCCUUAUACAGCAUGAAGGAGACAGAAGCAGAAAGAAGCCACUCUAAGAAGCCUUACAGCGAUUAAUCUCUCACUGCCUAGAGUAACUCUGAGCCAUCUUUUUAUGUGGAAAACCAGCUGCAAAGAAAGGGAAUUGCUGCAGAAAUUCAUCUUGUCUUUGUUCUUCAAUUAGCAAAUACCUGCUUUAAUUAACCAAACGAGGAUGUGAUCCCUGCGCUGCGUUCCACAAAUCUCCAGCAACGUAUUCUCUGAAGGCAAAACCAGUGGAGAAUCAGUUGUUUAAGCAGAGAGGCAGUUAUAAUUGUUUGGACUGGAGGCACCAAAACAAAUGUGAAAACACAACGGGUGAUCACUUUGGAGUGUGUUCUUUGCAGUUCUGUCAAACACAUCUGUGUAGCACUGCCCCUCAAAAUGCUCCCAAGUUAUACUCACAUAAAACGGGAAUGGUUCUUGUUCAGCCCAGAGAAGGGAAAGUAUCAGCACAGCUUAACAGUAGCCUGCUUCAUAGCUCUGAGUAAGCCAUCUAGAAAUAGAAACAGUGCUCCACUGCAGGGCACAGGAGGAGAGAUAAGGGACAGUGGGGCACCAACUGAAAUGACAUUGACAUUGGAUAUAAUGAAAACGUUUCCCUGUGAGGACAGUCCAGGCAGAGGAGACAGUUACAGUUCCACAGAGGUGUGCAGCCUCGAUCUGAUGGAAGUUUUCAGGACCAAACUGCCCUGGCUGAACCCGGCAUGGAGCCAGAUGCAAGGAGAUCCCAGCAAAAGGGAUGCAGCAAUUCCCAGUGCAGUGCCAUUAAUGCAGUGAACGGUUGGCUCACGAAUCUGUGAUUUUCUUUGUUGCCACAAUUCCAAAAGAGGCCUUACACAUUCAGUUACGAGGUACAACUUUAUAUGCAGUGGUGCUUUAUGAUCUUCAGCAGGGUAGAUUUCUUCAAACAAACAUUAAAUUACUUCUGUUUGUGCUCCUCGGUGCUCUGUGACCUGUGUUGGGCAGAGCCUGAGGCAGCGAGUUCUCUCUCUCCAUUUCAUGUGCUUCCAGGAAAUGUCAGGUAAUCCUCAAAGGAAACGUUCUGUUCCCUGAGCUCAGCGUGUGCUUAAUUACAAAGCGCCCCCCACAGAGGUGGGCAAGAGCCUGAACAGCCAAAGCCCACUUGAUCCUUCUGUGGUAAGAUCUAAACAAGAUCAGUGCAAGCCAGACUGGGGAGUAUGCGUUGUCUUUGUCCGAGAACUUUGUUAUAGAGCUGUUCAUCUGUAACUUUCUACAGUAAAAGUGUUAUUUUUCUCCA